AGUAAGCAAGCAGUGAAGCUGGAAAAAUUGGCAGCAGACUCGUUGUCUUUCCUGCUUGUAUCCGUGGACCCUGGUUUGCAAGCUGUAUUAGGUGCUUUAAAGCAAGUACCUGUUUCUUGAGAUGACCUUGCUUCACUAAUAUCUGUGGUCUGUAACAAGCUACAGCAAUUACAACUGUUGAUAUGAAGAUAAGCACUCUGGAGGAGGAAAGUAGUGGAACACUAUAACCACAAGUGUGAGCAAAGAACAGUUUCAACCACGUGCAGUGACCAUCUCCAGGACUUGAACCCACUAAGUCUUAAGGUUUGUUUCAAGCAUUCUGAGUGUGGUGCCAUGAGAGAUGCUGUUGUCCCUGACAGGUUGGGAUUAUCAUGAUCAAGUGCUCUAUUUUGACUUCACCCAGUGGUUAAAAGAUUUGUAUGGUAAAGAGGAAGUAUUGAACUUUUAAAAACAUUAAACAGGCCAGUGACAGACGGUUAGACCGGAUCAGUGGAGUCAUGCAUCACACAUCUGUAUCAUGCUGGCAGCCGUUCCUGGGUCUGGCUGUGCUGCUAGUCUUCAUGGGCCCAACCAUAGGCUGCCCGGCCCGUUGUGAAUGCUCAGCACAGAACAAAUCUGUCAGCUGUCACCGAAGGCGUCUGAUGUCCAUCCCAGAGGGCAUUCCCAUUGAGACCAAAAUCUUGGACCUCAGCAAGAACCGACUGAAGACCGUCAACCCCGAGGAAUUCACAUCAUACCCUUUGCUGGAGGAGAUUGACCUCAGUGACAAUAUUGUCGCCAAUGUGGAGCCUGGAGCCUUUAAUAAUCUCUUCAACUUGCGCUCCCUGAGGCUGAAAGGAAACCGUCUGAAACUGGUCCCCCUUGGGGUGUUCACUGGGUUGUCAAACUUAACAAAGCUUGAUAUAAGUGAAAACAAGAUUGUAAUUUUGCUGGACUACAUGUUUCAAGAUCUGCAUAACCUAAAAUCCCUGGAGGUUGGGGACAAUGAUUUGGUUUAUAUAUCACACAGGGCCUUUAGCGGACUGCUCAGCCUGGAGCAGCUCACCCUGGAGAGAUGCAACCUCACAGCUGUACCAACAGAAGCUCUUUCUCACCUCCACAACCUCAUCAGUCUGCAUCUGAAACAGCUCAACAUUAACGCAUUGCCUGCGUAUGCCUUUAAAAGAUUGUUUCGCCUGAAAGACCUAGAGAUAGAGGCCUGGCCUCUCUUGGACAUGCUACCUGCCAACAGUCUCUAUGGUCUCAACCUUACUUCUCUCUCCAUCACCAACACCAACCUGUCUGCAGUACCUUACUCUGCUUUUAAACAUCUGGUUUACCUGACACAUCUAAACCUCUCUUACAACCCUAUAAGCACCAUUGAAGCAGGCAUGCUUUCAGAUUUAGUGCGCCUGCAGGAACUCCACAUGGUGGGGGCCCAGCUACGUACCAUUGAAUCACAUGCUUUCCAAGGGCUUCGAUUCUUACGUGUGCUUAAUGUGUCCCAAAAUCUGCUAGAGACCCUAGAAGAGAAUGUAUUCCAUUCCUCCAAAAGCCUUGAGGUUCUCUGCAUUAACAACAACCCUCUGGCCUGUGACUGCCGUCUUCUUUGGAUUUUACAGAGGCAACCCACUUUGCAGUUUGGAGGCCAACCACCGAUGUGUGCUGGCCCAGACAGUGUCAAAGAGAGGUCAUUCAAAGACUUUCACAGCACAGCUCUUUCCUUUUACUUCACCUGCAAGAAGCCCAAGAUACAAGACAAGAAGUUGCAAUACCUGGUAGUGGAGGAAGGGCAGACAGUGCAGCUGAUGUGCAACGCUGACGGGGAUCCGCAGCCUACCAUAUCCUGGGUUACCCCACGCAGGAGACUGAUCACAACUAAAUCAAAUGGAAGAGCCACUGUGCUGGGAGAUGGCACCCUGGAGAUUCGAUUUGCUCAAGACCAGGACACUGGGAUCUAUGUUUGUAUUGCAAGUAAUGCAGCUGGGAAUGACACCUAUUCGGCCUCCCUUACGGUAAAGGGGUUUACUUCAGACCGUUUCCUUUACGCCAACAGGACCCCUAUGUAUAUGACAGACUCCAACGACACAAGUUCCAAUGGAACUAAUGCGAACACCUUCUCUCUGGACCUUAAGACAAUAUUGGUGUCCACAGCUAUGGGCUGUUUCACAUUCCUUGGAGUGGUUUUAUUUUGUUUCCUCCUUCUUUUUGUGUGGAGCCGAGGGAAAGGCAAACACAAAACCAGCAUUGACCUUGAAUAUGUCCCUCGCAAAAACAAUGGUGCUGUGGUUGAAGGGGAGGUUGCUGGACCACGAAGGUUCAAUAUGAAAAUGAUUUGAUGGUAUUCUGCUAGCAGUGCUUUUUCUGUGGCAUUAAAACCAAUUAAACCAGCCUGGCAUGUGGAAUUGCUAGGCAGAAGCAGCUUAAUGCAGCUGUCACUGUAUCAAAAAGUUACAUGAAAAUGGAAAGACUAUUUGUGGUUAUACAGCAGAGCCUCCAGACCUUGAGGCAGAUAUGUCAGGGCCUUUCAUAGAACUGGUAAAUUGUACUAACUGUUUGCAUUGCAAAUAUUGGCAUUCUGGGGAUAUCAGCAAUGAACCGCUGGCUCAUGUUCAUGGACAAUUGUUCAACAUUUUCUACCACUAUUAAAAGAAAAAGAGAAAAAAAGCCUACAGUGUAGGAUUUACAUACUUAAAGAAAAAGACACAUUUGUUUAAAACAUACUUUACAGUGAAAUUUGUAUCUAUAGAUCUCAUUUGGUAAAACUUUGCAUCAUCCCUUCUAGCUGGUUCAACACCACAAAAAAUUGGUAGUUUUUUUUAAUCUACAUCUAUACUGUGUACAUUUUGAAGCAAUACAAAUGAGAGGUUGUGCUUUUAGAUAUCCACCAAUACUGACCCAAGUGUGAUGUCACCCUCCUUUUAACUACCAUCUAACCCAAAUUAGACUCUUGUAGUUACCAAUUAGAAAUAACAUAAGAUAUUUUUCUCCUCAUGUAUGAUAGAAGGCCAGAGAUAAAUAGUUGAGAGCAAAAAUGCUCAGCUCUGUUGAUCUUCUCUUCAUAUAAAUAGAAGGCAUGUGCCUAGUUUUGAUACAGAAUGGAAUAUUUUUUAUAUCUGUGAUAUCACACUGGACCAGUUUACUGUAACGGCCCUGGAUCUCACCCAGGGAAGGCAACCCACUAGACAUUGCUGGCAUAGAAGAGUUGAGUUCUGCCUUGAAGAGAGAGAGGUCUUUUUGUUAGUCCUGAUUUUAAUUUCAAAGCUACUAUUAAAAUGUUAAUGCAUACUGGACAAAAAGAAAGAACUUAAUACAUUCUGCAUACUCCUUGGGAAAUACAGUCAUCUUACUAUUUAUAAAAGUGAAUUAAAUCAUACAAAUGCUCUGAUACAAGGAAUGAACUCUUCUCCAAUGCCAAGUAAACUACGGUUGUCCAUGCAUAAUAUGGGGAUUAUAAUACUAAAAUAAUGUUUAAAACAUGAUAGCCUCAAAAAGGCUAACAUACUGCCAGAUAUAAUGAACCUCUAUCCACUGUCAUUCUCAUCUUGUAUAUUUGUAGAUAACACAUAAACACAAAGCUAAUUUCCAAUUACAGACUACUUAGCUAUUCUUGAUGCCAUUUUAAUAACUAUGUGGUUAUGUUUCUUUCAGGGGCAGUAUCUUAGAGCAAGAGGGGCAAGUUUUUCCAGGUGUUAGGAAGAUUUUUUUUAAUGGAGAGAAGACAGAAGUGGAACGUUAGUUCAGUAUGAGUAACCUUUUUUUGGUUUUAUGCCUCUAAACAAAUCCUCAAAAGGCUCAGAACUGAAACUUUAUUCUUUAUUCUUUAUUGUUGAUACCACUGUUCUUGGUUUGAAAUUCUCAGCAAUGGGAAGAUCAGAGUUGUUCAGCAACCUCUCAAUUUUUCAGCAGUUAUGAGCCAUAGGUUUGUUGCUUAGUGGUUGAAAACAAAAAUAAUUGGCAUAACCUGGAGUAAGGAUAAUAAUGACUAUGUAUAAAAAAUACAUUAAUUUUUUACAUGUAACAAAACGAAUAUGAAAAUAUUAUAAGACAGAACAUUCAGUUUAAAGUGAUUUAAGAGCCUAUGUCCAAUCUUAAAAUUAGAUUUCAGCACUUUGAAACCAAAGUCAGGCAGACCUAUAAUGGGAUGCAGGUGCUUUUAAAAUUAGUAUCCACAUUCUUUGGCAGAGAUUUUCUAAGCAGGAUAAAAAUCUCCCACUCCUAUCAAGGGAAAUGUGCCAAAAGUUGUAAAAUACAGCUGCGCUCCCCAGGUGUACCCCUAACAUAGCUGUAGGACCCGAGGCUAGGCACUUCUGAGAAUCUCUUCUCUUAGUAGUUGAUCUUUGAUUGCAUCAUUGCUCCAUUUUAGGUCACCAAACUGAGGAGGAUGCAAGGGUUGUUAGAAUUUUCUUCACUUUAAUUGGUUUUAAGUUUAGAGUUGGGUUUUCUUGCUUCCUUUUUUUUUUAUGCUCUGAACUAGAUGGAGAUUUAUGGAGAUGCUUGAGACUAAUCCUCUUUGUUCUAUGACAGUUUGUAGAACAUUAAUAAAAUGGAAUAACCCCUGACUAAAUUCUAACACCAGGGAAAUUACUUUUGCUGAUAUAAUAACCACCGCACUGAAGUCCAAAACUCUACUGUACCUUAAUGUGGGCAGUUAAAGAAACAAAUGGGGAUAAAACAAAGUGUUUCUGAACUGCCCAUUGAAAACAUUUGCAUGUGCCUUUCCCUUGUAAUUGUCAUUUUUUCAACUAGUAAUCUAUUGCCCCUGCAGUCAUUUCAUGUUAAAUGUUAAAAUCAAUGUUAGAAGCAAAAAUUCUCCUAAAUCCUACACAGUUGCAGCUGAUUGCUUCAUAUUAAAUGACACAAUAAAAACAAAAAUAAUUUAAAAAAAAAAUAGAAAAAAUGUGCUUUUAGGAUUAAUUAUGAAUUGCUGAAUUCCCCUGUUCCCUUCGAAUGACUCUAAAAAGUGAUUGCAUUGUUAGUGCACUGCAAGGAUUUCUGAGCAGUAAUGUGCUUAGUUACCUAUGUGAAAUGUGUGCUGGUGAUGAAAAUCACUGCUUGCCCUUGCUGAGCACCACCUUGCAGAGCUGUCAGCGUUGUGUGUAUCGCCUUGAGUUCAGCCAGUAUUCAGUUUUUAAGAAUCAGUGUUUUCUCCCUGCCUCUAGCGAUGUUCUACUUUUUGCAGCCUUCUUAUUUCAUUGUGGACCUGGCAAGGCAUAUGGCAUCUCUUAACAGAAAGACAGCAAGACUCAGAGACAAGCUUUUAUCUUGCUCCACAUAGUCUUCUUUACGUGUAUUCGUGGGACACACACUCACUGUGGCUGGUUUGGGUGAAUAAGGAAUACGGUAUCAGGGUCAGACCUAGAUAAGCACUAUUUGGCAAUUCUUUUAAGAACAGAGUGGCGGAAUGCCUACCUUGCCUCUGGGAGGAAUCACUUUUCCUUCUCUGCUACACACCAAGUACAGGGCUGUUUAUCUUACUACAGGGGAGAAAAACAACUGGGCUGUGAGGAGACAUCUAACCCACAUGGCUCCCCUAUCAUACAUUCAGAAACAGAUGUACAGUGCCUACCUGCCAUUAAAAGAGGGAAUGAAAUUUUUUCCCCUACCUCUGACUUGUAUACUGCCUGUCCCCCAUGCUGGCAUAAAGCCAAGCCUGAACUUAGCUGGUGGUCAGUGUGACAAGACUGAGGAGCAGCAAUAGUUCUGAAGGAAAGGAGAAAACUGAAGAUGUCAAAACCAGCAGAGCAAUUAGAGAAAGCAGGUACCAGAGUAUCCUUGUCAGUAAUUCAUUUAAGAGCAGUGCUGAGUCUCCCACAAAUACAUUUUAAAGUCCAUGCCCACAGACCAGUACUCCUCUUUCAUACUGGUUGAAUGUACAAGUGCUCAGGCUUCCCCUCAGUAAGCUAAAGAGGACACUGCAGCAAUUUGCAGUAAAACAGAUUAAGGCUAAGCAGUGCCCUACCUCAGACUUAUUUUUAGGUUUUGAGCUGGUUCUUUUUUUUUCUCCCCUUCUUCCUUUCUUAUUAACUUGGCAGCAUUCUUUUCAGAAAGGCUUCAUCCACCUCAGCUGAUUCAGACUGGAAGAAUGCUUUUACUCUCUGUUUGCCCCUCCUUCACCAUUCACACAUGCUCCAAGUGCCAACAGGGUCAACAGCUCCAGAUAAAACUGAAAUCAGCCAGGAGACUCUGAGUCCCUAGAGAACUGUUGAUGCAAGCUGAUGUCGCUAGGUAUUUUUUUAACUGAUUU